AUUGAUUGCAACCAUGAUAACCGUUACCGAGCUGAGAUUUUUGGCAGAUGCUCAGACGUCUUAUCACAUUUUGAAGCCAUGGUGGGAUGUGUUUUGGUAUUAUAUCACAAUGGUGAUGCUGAUGAUUGCAGUCCUAGCGGGUGCGCUGCAGCUUACACAAAGCCGAAUGUUAUGUCUUCCUUGUAAAGCGGAAGUAGACAAUCGUUGUGCACAUCCUCUGGAACAAGUGAUAACAAAGAUUCAUUUAUCAGCUGGUUCUCUGGCAAACAUAACUCCAUCAACCGGAAUCCAGAAUGACCUUCACCGGCAACAGUAUGCCUAUAUUGAUGCUGUUUGUUACGAGAAACAACUCCACUGGUUUGCAAAGUUUUUUCCCUACCUGGUGUUUUUGCACACUAUAAUAUUUGCAGUUUGUAGCAAUUUCUGGCUUCAUUAUCCAAGCACAAGUUCUAGACUAGAACACUUUGUAGCAAUCCUCUAUAAAUGUUUUGAUUCACCAUGGACAACAAGAGCAUUAUCAGAGACUGUUGCUGAGCAAACAGUGAAAACCCAGACGCGUAAAAGAUCGCGUCGUCUGACAUCAUUUUCAUCCAGCGCAGAAGAUACUGAAAACACAAAACAGUCCCUACAACCUGGAGUAGAGUCAACCGCAGUGGAAGAUGAUGCUUCAAGUGUUCUGGACAAAAAAGAAGGUGAACAAGCCAAAGCCUUGUUUGAGAAAGUGCGUAGAUUCAGACUUCACGUGGAACAAAAAGACAUUAUAUAUAGAAUGUAUAUGAAGCAAAUAGUAGCUAAAGUAAUUGCGCUGCUUGUGAUUAUUACAUAUGUGUCUUAUUUUUUGAUGCAUAUUACAUUUGAAAUCGACUGCAUAGUUGAUAUCGAAGCAUUUACAGGGUACAAGAGAUACCAGUGUGUUUACUCUCUUGCUGCGAUUUUCAAACUUUUGGCUACAUUUUAUGUUCUUCUUGUGUUUUUGUAUGGCUUUGCUUGCUUUUAUAGUUUGUGGUGGAUGCUGAAAAGUUCUCUCAAGCAAUAUUCCUUUGAGGCAGUCAGAGAAAAAAGCAAUUACAGUGACAUCCCUGAUGUCCAAAAUGACUUUGCCUUUAUCCUUCACUUAGCAGACCAGUAUGAUCCACUGUAUGCCAAACGGUUCUCGAUAUUUCUGUCAGAGGUGAGUGAAAACAAGCUCAAACAGAUUAAUCUCAACAACGAAUGGACAGUCGACAUGCUUAGAAAUAAGCUAACGCGGAAUUCCAGGGACAAAAUAGAGCUUCAUCUUUUUAUGCUGAGUGGUUUACCAGACAAUGUCUUUGAACUGAAUGAAAUAGAGGUUCUGCGCUUAGAACUUAUACCAGAUGCCAAGCUUACUCCAAUGAUAACCCAGCUAGUCAAUCUUAAGGAACUUCAUGUUUACCAUUCCACACUCACAGUGGAUCUUCAGGCCCUGAGUUUUCUAGCUGAGAAUCUGGAAACACUAUACCUGAAAUUUACUGCAAUGGAAAAGAUCCCUUCUUGGAUUUUCCUUUUGAAAAACUUGAAUGAAAUAUAUAUAGCCGGAUCUCUUGACCCACAUGGCAGCCACACUGAAGGUCUUCAGGAUCUAAAAAAUCUGAAAGCUCUUUAUUUGAAAAGCAGUCUAGCUCGUAUUCCUCAAGUUGUUACAGAGAUGUUGCCCUCUCUGGAGAAGCUAUCCAUCAAUAAUGAAGGACAUAAGUUAAUGAUUUUAAUCAGCUUAAAAAAAAUGAAAAAUUUGACAUGUUUGGAGUUGAUCAACUGUGACUUGGAACGGAUUCCACAUUCCAUUUUCAGUUUAACUGAACUGCGGGAAAUUGACUUAAAAGGAAAUAAUUUUCAAACAAUCGAGGAAAUCAUUAGCUUUCAGCAUCUCCAAAAACUGACUACCUUAAAGCUCUGGCAGAAUUCCAUCGCUUACAUCCCAAUUCAGAUUGGAGCUCUAGCAAACCUAGAACAACUCUAUUUAAACCACAAUAACAUAGAAAUGGUGCCACUUGAGCUUUUUCUUUGUAACAAGCUGCGGGUUUUGGACCUCAGCUUCAACAAUCUAACGUACAUCCCUGAAGAAAUACAGCUUCUUAAGAAUCUUCAGUAUUUUGCCGUCACAAAAAACAGUCUUGAAGUGUUGCCGGAUGGGCUGUUUAAGUGCAGCAAGCUUCAGAACUUACUACUGGGAAAAAACAGCCUGACAAGCCUCUCUCCUCUAGUUGGUGAUCUGACAAACCUCAUUAACAUAGAGCUGAUUGGGAACCAGUUGGAAUUCCUCCCUCCAGAGCUUGAAUCUUGCCAGUCACUAAAACCGAGCUGCAUCAUUGUGGAAAAUAAUUUGUUACACACUCUGCCUUUGUAUGCCAAGGAGAAUGAAGAGCCAUCUCCAUUUUGAGAAGGGCAGGAGGAUAGUUCUGAUGGAUACUUAAAAUAAUUGCUCAUGUAUAUAUUGUGUGUGUGUGUGUGUGUGUGUGUGUGUAGAUGUGUGUAUGUGUUUGUGUUCAUCUGUUAUGUGUAUAUUACAGGCAUUUUAUAUAGUGUCAUGUUUAUAAAAUGUUUGCAUUGUAAAUCUUGUAUUUGUAGAUACAUAAUUUUGUGUACAUUUUUAAAUACAAAAACUCUAUUAUAGAGUGGGCAUAGUGUAUAAAUAAGCCAUAGAAUACCAGAUGCAUCUCAUUUACAUGUUUCAACGCAACAAUUUCAUGUGAAAAUAGUGUUCUUAUUUAAUAUAGAAUUCAGAUAUGUUGUUUUUGAAAA